AUGUUAUUUAUUAUUUCUAUUUUUCUCUUAACUUUUGGAAGGGAAUCCCCUGAUCCUAAUGAUGCAUUUCUUAAUUAAUCAAUAGCAGUGAUGUUAGGAGGGUAAUAGAAACACUACUAUGAUAAUAAUGUUGUUGUCCAUUCUUCAACUACAAAUCAAAAAAAUCAUUAUUCUUCAAUCUCACCUGAUUACUUUGAUGAUGAUAAAACUACAGAUUUUGUAGAAUAACUAUCACCUUAUGAUUAUAAUCAAGAGAUAAACUUGAAUGAUUUAAGAGUAUCUAGAAUACACCAAAAUGUAAAUAAAAUGGAAUUGAUUCCCUUAAUAAUUCCUGAAGGAAAUAUGAGUGAUUAUGCCGUAAAAAAAUACUUAGGCGAUGGUACCUUUGCAUUUGUGUAAAGUGGGGUAAGAUUAUCAGAUGGUUUACGUGUUGUUUUGAAGUAAAUAAAAUCAUAAUACCUGUGGUGGGCAAGAAUGGAAGCAUAAAUUAUAGAUAUUUUGAAUGAGGAAAAGAAAGCAUCAAUUGUAAGAUUAGUGGAUAUGUAUAUGAACGAUACAAGCCCUGUUUUAGUGUUUUAGGAAUUAGAGGAUAGCAAAACCCUUGAUUAUAGGAUCUAUUCAUUUUAUCAUGAUUUAAUUUUGGAGGAGAUAAAAAAGUUUUAUUUCUAGUUAUUUCAGGGUCUCAGCAUUACUCAUUCAAAGGGAAUUAUGCAUUUAGACAUAAAACCUUAAAAUAUUAUAGUUUCAAAUGAUGAGAUACAAAUAAUUGAUUGGGGAGUGAGUGAUUUUUACUAUCCAUUGAAAGAAUACAGGACAAGAGUAGGGACUCGUCAUUACAGGGCUCCAGAACAAUUGGUCCAUUAUAAGCAUUAUGAUUAUGCAGUUGACGUAUGGGCUUUAGGAUCAAUCCUAGCAUCUACUAUAUUUAAAAAGUACCCUUUUUUCAAAGGAAGAAACAAUGAUGAUUAAUUAUUAUAAGUAGUCAAGGUAUUGGGUUCAAAGGAUUUAUUUUUGUAUUGUGAGAAGUAUAACAUUACAUUAACCGAGAAAUUCAAAAAAACAUUGGAAGGAUAUGAGAGGCAACCUUUGGAGAAUUUCGUUGAUGAGGAGAACAGAGAACUCGCAAGUCCUGCUGUAAUUGAUUUAUUGAAUAAGAUAUUUGUUUAUGAUCACAGAGUUAGGAUAACGGCUGAAGAAAAUGAUAAUUAAAGUGUAAUAGUGAUUGUGUUUAUUGUGAUUAUUAAAAUAAUAGUUGAAAUUUAAUAUAGGAAAAUGAAUGUUUUCUAGUCUAACCAAUUAUCACCUUUUAUAAAUCAAAAAGUAGUUAAGAAGGCCACAGUUCUUAUGCAACCAUCACAGAUGAAGAAAAGUCAUGUGGAUGCAAAACCAAUAAGAUUUUUACAAUGGGACGAUAAUGUUAAGCAAAUCAAGUUAUGUUUGGACAUUAAGAAAUAUAAUUCACUCUUUAGAACUGGGCCUGCUUCUUUCGUUGUCUAUGUAGCUACACGGUCUGAAAUAAAUCAACUUUCUAAAUUGAACUUCGAUAAAAGCUUACCCCUCAUAGACACAACGUUGUAAAAAGGAAUUUACAUUUGGAAUCAUGUGAUAUACAAUGAACAUAAGAACAUCUAAUUAUAUCAACUUUUAUGCAUUUUAGGAGAAUAGUUUAAGGAAAAACAGUUGAGAAGAUAAAGUUUGAAUUUGGUUGAGAACAAUAGUGUAUUUAUACAUGCAGAUACAGUUUUAAUGACAGUGGCCUCUAUUUUGGCAAGUGAAAUUGUAUUCCUCAUUAACAAUAAUGAUGAUGAGAUUUUGGAAAAUUUUCAUUAAAUCACUAAACAUGAUGAUAAUCCUAAUUACAAGUUACAGAUUAUCAAUUUGGUUGAAGGCUAAGGAUAGAGUAUAGACCAAUAUAAAUGGUAUCAAAUCUAUGACAAUAUCAAAAUUACAAUCAUGGAAGAAUCUAAUUAUCUGAGUGCUUCAGGUUCAUCCUUUGUUGAUAAUCCAUCCGACACUCUAUAUAACUGGGCCUUGGAACUUGAAAUGUCAUUAUAGAAAAAGAUUUAUAGAAGUUAUGAAAUCGAUUUUUUGACUUUCUUCUCAAUUGCUGAGAUAAUUACUAAAAGUUCAAUGUCCGAGUUAGAUAAAAUUAAUGUAAUAGAAAAUAUAUUUUUGAAAGCCAUUCAAAAAUAAAUUAAAUAUGAGAAAGACUAUAUAGAAAGCAUAUAUUAUAAAGAAAUCAGGGAGUUUUGUUCAAUCUCAGAAGAAGUCACAGUUGAUUCCUUGGCUUAUAAAUUGAAUCAAAUGAGAGAUCAAGCCAUGUCAUUGUAUUAUGUUCAACUGAGUUAAUUCUAUGAUAAUCCUGAGUAUGAAAAGUGUUUACAAGUCAUCCAAUAGAACAUUGAUUAAUUAGAGCUUGACUGUAUCAGAUACAAUUUCGAAUUGAUGGAUAUGUAUUCUUAUUUAAAUUAUUUAGAUCACUUUAGUGAAUUAAGCUAAUAAAUUGAUAAAAUUGAAAAAAAAUAUAAAGAUGGUUUCCCUGAUUCUUACACUCAAUUCUUGACUGAGAUACUCAAGAUUCGAGAAUUUAGAGGAUUAAAAUACAAUAAUAUCAAAUAAAACUUACAAAGCAGUUAUAAAUCCAAGAUAUUCACCUCUCUCACAGGCUUCGAUAAAUAAUAAAAAUUACUCUAUGAUAAACGAAUGCAAACUUAAAAUGAAAAACAAUAUUAAUUCCUAAAAAUGAGAGACAAAGAAGUUAUGAGAGGAGUUGAAAUCCUUCAAAAUUAUACAGAUUUAAUGAGGGAUGAAAUUGGAACACUCAAAAGUCUUAUUGAUUUCAAUAAUCAAAUAAACAUUUUUGUAAAACAUAGACAAGAAAUCAGAAAGUUGGAUGAUGAAAUACAAUAAUUAUAAUUAUAACUGAAUAAAAUUUAGACUAAAAAAAAGUAAUAAUGA